AUUCCAUGCAGGCAUUAUGCAAAACGCACUUCCUGCAGCAGCUCUACAGGAAAAUAGACGGCGCCGUUCUCUGGUCGCAGAACGAGAGGAAUUUGGACUGCGUGAUCACCUUCCAGACGCACUCGAUCCUGCAGAGGUUCAUGCUUCGGUUCGACUUCCUCCAGCUCGACUGCAACGAUCAUCUGUACAUUUACGAUGGCGCUCAUGCUGUUGGAACGUACAAGUUUGAUCUGUCUUGUCGAAACACGAAACAGACUCUGGGCGCGAUGUUCACAAGGACCAACUACGUUACGUUGAAGUACGUUACGGACGCCUGGGGAACGGAUUCCAACGGCUUCAAGCUCGUUAUCACCGCUGUCAAGGAUCCAAAGCACGCCUGCACGGAGUUUCGAUGCAACCUUCGGGAAUUUUGCAUAGCCACGGAUCUUGUGUGCGAUGGGAUCAAUCAUUGCGCCGAUGGAUCCGACGAAGCUUCCAGCACAGCCUGUCAAAAUAACGAUACCGGAACGAUAAUGGGGUUGGAGAUGACCUGGUUUGUGGUUGUAGUUGUCAGCACUCUCCUGCUGAUAGCAGUCUGCAUUGUGGUUGUGUCUAUCUGCCUAUGUCGAAGAGGUUUGGCCAGUCGACCAGGAAAUAACGGUCAGCAGCAGAAUUACUCACUUCAACAAAUGUACGGUUCGAAUGGAGCGAUGAAGCAAGGCUCAAUGACGACACUUCCGGUGCAGGGAAACUGGUACCACCCUGCGGGACCACUCGGGUUCCUCCUCAGCACGCCGGUCCGGGGCCGCCUUUACUGCCAGGCAAAGUGAGGCACGCGCCCGCCAAUGGCGGUGACGCGGACCUCGUCUCACAAAGUCAAAAAGACGAAUGGUUUGUCUAGCAUCAGGUAUGUACA